AUGGGGGGCGCCGUGGGUUUGCCGGACGGUCGUCCGGCGCCGGCAGCCGAGCCCGCACGAAGGGUUUUUACUGCCUCUCGGGGCCGUUGUUCACAGGCUCUGGAAUUUUCCUCAUCUUUGCACUUUAAGUCCCUGGCAGUUGGUCAGGACGUGACUUUGAGAUGUUUCAGCAAACACAAUCAGACUACGUUCUAUUACUGGUACAAACAAACUCUGGGACAGAGACCAAGACUCUUUUCUGAGUUCUAUAAGCACGAGAGUCAAGGACGUUUGAAUAACGACUUUAAGAAUGAUCAAAGGUUCCAGCUAGAGAACGGGGAUGGUAAAAACCACCUGAAGAUCUCAAAUGCACAGACAUCAGACUCAGGUACUUAUUACUGUGUUGGUGUACAUUCAUAUGCUCAUGAAUUUCAUGAGGGCUAUAGUGUCCUUGUGGAGGACUCUUCUUCUUACAUCCAGACUUCAGUAGAUCAGUUGUCCUCUGAGAACAUCCAUACAGGAGACUCUGUGACUCUGAACUGUACAGUGCACACUGGGAGCUGUGAUGGAGAACACAGAGUUUACUGGUUCAAAGACUCUGAAGACUCUCAUCCAGGACUCAUUUACACUCAUAAUCAGUGUGAAAAAAAUAACAACAUGCAAACACACAGUUGUGUCUACGAGCUGCACAUGAAGAACCUGACUGAGUCUCAUGCUGGGAUCUACUACUGUGCUGUCGCCUCAUGUGGACACAUACUGUUUGGAAACGGGACCAAACUGGACCUCACAGGUGAGUUUAACUUUUGAAAGAUAACAA